AUCAUUAAUCUUAUAUCUCAACUACACAAUAGAUGAUAGAGACGGCCAUGGCUCGGCCUCAAUUACUCUUCGCUUUUGCAAUAUUUGUGUUGGCUUCUCAAGUCCUGGCAGAUCAUGAUGAUCAUUAUGUUUAUGCAUCACCACCACCGCCGAGCUAUGAUUACAAGUCACCACCGCCGCCAGUCAAAUCACCUCCACCGUAUUAUUACAAGUCACCUCCACCACCAGUAAAAUCACCACCGCCACCAUAUUAUUACAAAUCUCCCCCACCACCAACUAAAUCACCACCACCUUCCUACUACUACAAAUCACCACCCCCACCAACAAAAUCGCCUCCUCCCCAUCCAUACUACUACAAGUCGCCGCCACCACCAUCUAGGUCGCCACCAACUCCAUAUAUUUAUAAAUCACCACCACCACCAUCUCCUCGUACUCCCUAUAUCUACAAGUCUCCUCCACCACCAUCACCAUUGGUUCCUCCUCCUCCUCGGUACAUCUAUAAAUCCCCACCGCCACCUUCACCUUCACCGCCUCCUCCUUAUGUUUCCAAGUCACCUCCACCACCAUCUCCAUCACCGCCGCCUCCUUACAUCUACAAGUCGCCACCACCACCUUCACCCUCACCUCCACCACCAUAUGUAUACAAAUCUCCUCCCCCACCAUCAGCAUCACCUCCUCCACCGUACAUUUACAAAUCACCACCGCCACCUUCACCUUCACCACCUCCUCCUUAUGUUUACAAGUCACCUCCACCACCGUCACCGUCACCGCCUCCACCAUACAUUUACAAGUCGCCACCACCACCUUCACCCUCACCUCCCCCACCUUAUGUAUACAAAUCUCCUCCUUCGCCAUCUCCAUCACCUCCUCCUCCUUACAUAUAUAAGUCGCCACCACCACCUUCACCCUCCCCUCCACCACCUUAUGUAUACAAAUCUCCUCCCCCACCAUCACCAUCGCCUCCUCCUCCAUACAUUUACAAAUCCCCACCGCCACCUUCACCUUCACCGCCUCCGCCUUAUGUUUACAAGUCACCUCCCCCACCGUCACCGUCACCGCCUCCACCUUACAUUUACAAGUCGCCACCGCCACCUUCACCCUCACCUCCCCCGCCUUAUGUUUACAAGUCACCUCCACCACCAUCACCUUCACCGCCUACUCCUUACAUCUACAAGUCUCCACCACCGCCUUCACCCUCACCUCCCCCACCUUAUGUAUACAAAUCUCCUCCUCCACCAUCACCAUCGGCUCCUCCGCCAUACAUCAAUAAAUCCCCACCACCACCUUCACCCUCACCUCCCCCGCCAUAUGUAUACAAAUCUCCUCCUCCACCAUCACCGUUACCUCUUUCUCCGUACAUCUAUAAAUCCCCACCACCACCUUCACCGUCACCUCCCCCGCCUUAUGUAUACAAAUCUCCUCCUCCACCAUCACCAUCGCCUCCUCCUCCAUACACUUACAAAUCGCCACCGCCACCUUCACCCUCACCUCCCCCACCUUAUGUUUACAACUCACCUCCGCCACCGUCGUCAUCACCGCCUCCUCCUUACAUCUACAAGUCGCCGCCACCACCUUCACCCUCGCCUCCCCCACCUUAUCUAUACAAAUCUCCUCCCCCACCAUCACCAUCGCCUCCUCCUCCGUACAUUUACAAAUCCCCGCCGCCACCUUCACCUUCACCACCUCCUCCUUACAUCUACAAGUCUCCACCAUACUACGUAUAAGAAAGAUAUCAAGCAUAAUUUCAAUUAAUUAACUAAGUUGUUUAAACAUUCUUAUACACCCUGCCUGUUAAUUUCAAUGUUUAUGGGUACCUCAUUUCUUAUUUAUUUGUUGCAAACGUUUAUUACUUUGUGUUAUAACUUACAUCUCAAAAAUAUUAUUCAAUACUUUAGUAAUGUAUAUCGGUUUUGUUUAUUUAUCUUGUUGACGUGUUUAUGUUUUCCGUAUGUAAUUUAUAUUUCAAGUGCUCGAGUCACGCAUUAGUCAACGAAAUGGUAUUACAAGUACGAUAAGGAAGGUGUACGUCGGUCAGUAGGUUGAAGAUUCAAGUCUCGGUUUACAAAAACUUGUAAUUUAUGAGUAUAUUAGGGUUUAUUGAGUUGGUAGUUCAACAAUGGGAUCCGAUGACUGUUUCAAGAACGACCAAUAUUGUUUAUGUUGAACAUUCGCAACUGUCGAGAACAACCUAAAAAAAUCUCUUAACA